AACCCAGUGGAAGAUGGAAGUAAACAAGGUGUCCCCUGCUGCUGGAGUAAAACGGAGGGUGAGCCCCUAGGUUGACGGCCGCCCGUUGGGGUGAGGCUUCAGUGGAAGGAGGCCUCGCACCGAAACUCGGCACUAUCAGCUGCCUGUUUGGAGCUCUGCCCCGUUAAGCUACACCAUUAAAGUGGCAGUGCUGAGACAUCCUACAAUAAUGGUCAUAAAUUUCAUUUUCAUAAGGUUACCAGGAGGUAGAAGGACAUGUGAAAGAAUUAAAGAAAAUAAGCAAUGACAAUGAUGACUGAGGAUAAACAAAAGCAUUUUGAAGAGCCAAAGGAACUCAACUAUUAUGACCCCCGCUUCCCAUCAAGCCUCGAUUCUCGCCGCGCUGAGUGACGUGGGACCAGUUAUAUUGGCAGGGCUGGGGGGAGCAGGGCACGUGGACCAGAAACACUUCCUAGAAACAGCGACCAAGCAGCUCAGCCCUGCCUGAACUUUCCCUGUAAACAGCACGCUGACAGAAAGGCAUCCCUGCUGGGUGGAUCCUGCAACUCCUGGAGGGAAUGGCACUUCUUGUUUUUAAUUAGCAAGGUGAAAGGUGAAUUAAAACUAGCUGUUUGGCAAGUCAGCGCAAGAGACUUUAACAGUCAGAGGAGAAGAGCUGUACGGGUGAAGGUGGUAGUGCGUGUGCUGGGGUGGUUGUUUUUUUUCUGAAUGAACCUUUAGCAGAAGUGACUGAAAAAAUACAGUUUCUUCCGAAUCUACCGGCAUAGUUACUGAAGGGAGCUUUAGACAGGACCUGGCUCUGAAGACUCACUCCUUGGAAUGUCCUCUUGCUCCUUACUUGCAAACAACUGUCCUGAGGAAAGAAAGGUUUUGCAUAGCCAAGUGCUGCCUGACAAAUGGCACUUUGGAAUUGUGCUUUCUGAUGACAAGGCAUUCGAUUUCUGACAAAGCCUCUCGCACGCUGCCCCUGGAGGGGAGUCCUAAGUAAAACUCAGACCGCCUUGAAGUGAGGCUCGGAGGACUUGCACGGUGAGCACGGCGGCGGCAUGGCACCGGCCGGGCAGGUGAUCACCUUGCUCCUGUGGGGUUGCGUCCUGGAGCUUUGGACUGGAGCUCACGCAGCCGAUACCACGCACCCCAGGUUGCGCCUGUCACAUAAAGAGCUCUUGGAUCUAAACAGAACGUCAAUAUUUCAUAGUCCUUUUGGAUUUCUUGAUCUCCAUACAAUGCUGCUGGAUGAAUACCAAGAAAGACUCUUCGUGGGCGGCAAGGACCUUGUAUAUUCCCUCAGCUUGGAGCAAAUCAGCAAUGGCUAUAGAGAGAUACACUGGCCGAGUACAACACUAAAAAUAGAAGAAUGUAUAAUGAAAGGAAAAGACACAAGUGAAUGUGCAAAUUAUGUCCGGGUUUUGCAUCACUAUAACAGGACACACCUUCUGAUCUGUGGGACUGGAGCUUUUGACCCACAUUGUGCCUUCAUCAGAGUUGGAUACCAUUUGGAGGAUCCCCUAUUUCAUCUGGAAUCGCACAGAUCUGAGCGAGGAAGAGGAAGAUGCCCUUUUGAUCCCAGCUCCUCUUUUGUCUCCACAUUAAUUGGCAGUGAAUUGUUUGCUGGACUCUAUAGCGACUACUGGGGCAGAGAUGCUGCAAUAUUCCGGAGCAUGGGACGCCUAACCCAUAUUCGCACUGAGCAUGAUGAUGAACGACUAUUGAAAGAACCAAAAUUUGUAGGUUCAUAUAUGAUACCUGACAAUGAAGACAAAGAUGACAACAAAAUAUAUUUCUUUUUUACUGAGAAGGCUCUGGAGGCAGAAAACAAUGCCUAUGCCAUUUACACCAGAGUUGGGCGACUUUGUGUGAAUGAUGUAGGUGGACAGAGAAUACUAGUGAAUAAGUGGACUACUUUCCUAAAAGCAAGAUUGGUUUGCUCAGUACCAGGAAUGAAUGGAAUUGAUACAUAUUUUGAUGAACUCGAGGAUGUAUUUGUUCUGCAUACUAGAGAUCAUAAGAACCCAGUGAUAUUUGGACUCUUUAACACUACCAGUAAUAUAUUUAGAGGGCAUGCUAUAUGUGUCUAUCAUAUGUCCAGCAUCCGGGCAGCUUUUAAUGGACCAUAUGCACAUAAGGAAGGACCUGAAUACCACUGGUCACUCUAUGAAGGAAAAGUUCCUUAUCCAAGGCCUGGUUCUUGUGCUAGCAAAGUGAAUGGAGGGAGGUAUGGAACAACCAAAGACUAUCCUGAUGAUGCCAUCCGAUUUGCAAGAAGCCAUCCACUUAUGUACCAGCCCAUAAAACCUGCUCAUAAAAAGCCAAUACUGGUAAAAACAGAUGGAAAAUAUAACCUGAAACAAAUAGCAGUGGAUCGAGUAGAAGCUGAGGAUGGCCAUUAUGAUGUCCUGUUUAUUGGAACAGAUAAUGGAAUUGUGUUGAAAGUGAUCACAAUUUACAACCAAGAAACAGAGUCAAUGGAAGAAGUAAUUCUGGAAGAACUUCAGAUAUUCAAGGAUCCAGUUCCUAUUAUUUCUAUGGAGAUUUCAUCAAAGAGACAACAGCUGUAUAUUGGCUCUGCUUCUGCCGUGGCCCAAGUCAGAUUCCAUCAGUGUGACAUGUAUGGAAGUGCUUGUGCUGACUGCUGCCUAGCUCGAGACCCUUACUGUGCCUGGGAUGGUAUAUCCUGUUCCCGGUAUUACCCCACAGGUACACAUGCAAAAAGGCGGUUCCGCAGACAAGAUGUUCGGCAUGGAAAUGCUGCUCAGCAAUGCUUUGGACAGCAGUUUGUUGGACAUGCUUUGGAUAAGACUGAAGAGCGGUUGGCCUAUGGUAUAGAGAACAACAGUACUUUGCUGGAAUGUACCCCACGGUCUUUACAAGCAAAAGUUAUCUGGUUUGUGCAGAAAGGACGUGACGCAAGAAAAGAGGAGGUGAAGACAGAUGAUAGAGUGGUUAAGAUGGACCUCGGUUUACUCUUCCUAAGGGUUCGCAAAAUGGAUGCUGGGACCUAUUUUUGCCAGACAGUAGAGCAUAGUUUUGUUCAUAUAGUCCGUAAAAUCACAUUGGAGGUGGUGGAAGAGGAGAGAGUGGAAGAAAUGUUUAACAAAGACUACGAAGAGGAUGGGCCUCACAAGAUGCCUUGUCCUGUGCAGAGCAGCAUUCCACAGGGUGCAAAGCCAUGGUACAAGGAAUUCUUGCAGCUGAUUGGCUAUAGCAACUUCCAGAGAGUAGAAGAAUACUGUGAGAAGGUAUGGUGCACAGAUAAGAAGAGAAAAAAGCUGAAAAUGUCACCCUCGAAGUGGAAGUAUGCCAAUCCACAGGAAAAGAAGCUCCGACCUAAAGCUGAGCAUUAUCGCCUGCCCAGGCACACACUAGACUCCUGAUGGGGUGAAACUACUUGCAUCUGAAGAAUUUAUAUUUGGAACCUAAAAAGAGAGAGAGAGAGAGAGAGAGAAACCAUCCAACUCCUUUGCAUUACUUAAAAGAGCUUUCUGUAAUACAGAAAUGACUAUAAAGGUGUUAUGAUAAUUUAUUCUAUAUGCUCAUUUGACUGGUUAAGAAUCAUAUGAAAUUAAUUUUUUUGAAGAAGUGUUUUGUUCAGUGAUUUCACAUUAUAUUUAUCAAAAGUGACCAUAGCGGUAAUUUUAAGUAUUGACUGCUUUUCUCUGUCAAUUAUUAUUUUACUCUUGGAAGACAAAUUUACUGCAAUAUUGAAGAAAAAUUAGAGUUUAAGAAUCACAGAAAAAAAUAAAAUAUAAAUGCUUUAAUCUCUGAGUUUGCCUUUCCACCACGAUGUAAAAUACGCAGAAUGUCAGAUACUUUAAUAUUCUCGACUGUCUGUACUUUUAAAGAAUUAUUGUGUUAGUGUUGUCUAACCUAUGAGUUUUAUGAAGCAGGUAUGUUAUAAUUAUUCUAAACCAUGAAGGAAAAUUGUGGUUACAUUAAGGUUUGUGCCUUUCAUAAAAUAUUCCAUAAACCACAUUCACAGUAAGUAGUUAUAUUUGUUGCAUGAUGAAAACAUAUUCUUCCAAUUUCACUCCCGUAUGGCAAGAAUGAAGUUAAGGUAACUUCUGAUAAUCAGUGUCAAACUGUAACUUAAAAAAAAAAAAAAAAAAAUGCCGCCCUCUUGUGGUAGAAAACUAUAUUCUCAUCUUUUUAUUUUUACAGAUACUUGUCUCGUAAAGAUUUGAAGUUUCAUAAUAAAUACAUCUCCAUUUUCAGAAAAAAUUACUGAAAUAAAAUUACAUUAGUGCUUAUGCCAUACUUGAGGAGGAAUGUAAUCUGUUGAUGAAUAAUUUAUUGCCUCACAAUCCAAAAAUAAAGGCAUUACACCAUGGAAAUUCUAUUAAACUUAAAUUUUAUGCUUCCUAAAUAAUCUUCCCUAAAAUCUAAAAUAUGUUUCAGAGACAUAAUGUUUUAUUUAUGAAAAAAUAUUAAAACAUCUUGAUCUCAGAUAUCAAAUAUUCCUCUAUCUUGUGUUAAAAAUAGGAAAAUAAUUUCAAGAAUUCACUUAUCUACCAAAAUGUUCAGAGCUAUCU